AUGAACGUCUUACCAUUGGAAUCCCUAACAGAGGUCUCCUUGGAUACUCUUCUUGAAGAGUCUAAGUCGAUCAUAAACCUGGUAUCUGAAAACUGGCUGCAAGAUAAAAUAUACCCAGUUCCAUUUUGUGGAACAACAAUCAAAGUCACCACAGCUCAUAAAUCAAUAAAGGGAAAUUCGUGGUAUUCUAGAUCAACGUCAUUGGAUGAACUACCAAGGGACAAACGUGAAGAUUGCUACAAGAAGCUUGUAAAAUACCUUGUAGGAACUCUUGAUGCCCUGGAUUUUUCAUCUUCUCAUGGAACACAUUCAUAUUAUGAACAGAAAUACAUACAUGAUUUAGAUUCAAUUUCUAUUCAAUCCACUCCUUCUGGAUUCAAUAGUGCCCCAAACGCCAUUACAUACUUAGCACAAUUAGUAUACAAGACCCCAUUCCCCUUCAAGAAAAGACUUUUCCAUGAAUUGAUUUAUAUAGUGCAAGAUCAACCCGAUGAAUAUUAUGUAAUAUCAGUACCAAUCAUGUCAAACUUAUUUACUGAAACACCGGCAUUGGGUGCUGGCUCUUCAGUGAAUGCCCGCUACUCUUCAGUGGAACGGAUUUCAUUUGAUAAACAUUCUGGCUCUCUUAUAUGGUGUAUGGCUACAUGUUCAAGUCCUGGUGGACUAAUUCCCGAUGCCUUAGCAAAUAUGUCAAUGAAUAGCAUUGUUGUUAAGGAUGUUCCAAGUUUCUUGAAUUGGAAAGAAAAGAGCUAG